AUGAUUGUGCUACUACUUCUCGUAUGCUCCCUGCUCGACGCGUUUCCUGUGUACGAGGAUCUUUCCCUCGACUUGGCCGAUCCGCCAACGUUACGCCCUCAUCAUCAUCAUCAUCGGAAGCAUCACCGCCGACACAAGAAACGGAGAAGCCUCAGCUCGAAGGAGGGCGAGACAAACAACAAUCGACGUGUCAUUCAG